UCUUUUGAAGAUUUCCGUAACGAUAAGGAACGAAGAGAUUUUGUCGCUUGCGCAACAGCGGGGGGUGUUGCUGCGGCGUUUGGAGCACCGAUUGGAGGUGUAUUUUUCGCAUUGGAAGAAGGCGCAUCCUUCAUGACACUGAAAUUGACAUGGCGAUGCUUCUUCUGUGCAAUAGGAACUGCGCUAACUGGAUAUCUUCUACUUAGCGUCUUGCCUCCAGAAUUUGUGAAUCAGCUAUCGUUUCUGGAUCCGUUUCCUAAUUCAGGCCCAUUAUACGAGCAAAAAGAUUUGUCGAUUUUUGCGGUCAUGGGAGUACUAGGAGGACUCCUAGGGGCUGCUUUCAAUCAAAUGAAUCGGCGCCUGACUGUCUUUCGCUUGGCUCAUGUUACCACACCUCGUAAGAAAAUGCUGGAGCUCAUGAGCCUGACGACUUUGAUGGCUGUUCUGUCUUUCGGCCUCCCGUUUGCCGGCCGGUGCCGCUCGCGUCCCCAGCUCGACACAACUACUGGAAUUUAUAGUUACGCCAGUACCUUGCGACCAUUUUUGUGUGCGGGAGAUGACAGCUACAACGAACUCGCUUCCUUAUAUUUACAGUCGUGGGACGACUCGCUUCGAAUACUUUUUCACCUACCGAUGCAUCUUCAAAGUGGGGAGCCGGUUUUCUCGACUGCGGCAUUAUUGUGUUUCUUCUGUCCAUACUUUUUCAUGGCAUUCAUGACUUUUGGAGCUUCCGUGCCCUUUGGCCUUUUCAUUCCCUCUUUAUUGUCAGGAGCUGCAUUGGGACGCGUCGUUGGUCAAGCCCUUCAUCCUUUGGGAGGUUUUGCUGAACCAGGUGUUUACGCAUUGGUGAUGGCUUCUGCUGUGUUAGGUGGUAUGUGUCGCAUGACUAUUUCGCUGGCUUUGAUUCUGUUAGAGGCGACAGGAAAUAUGAAUUUGCUUCUUCCGCUCAGCAUAAGCCUAUUUUUGUCAAGAUGGGUCGGAAAUGCAUUCAACGAAAGUAUCUACCAAAUGCAUAUCCACCUCCGUAAAAUUCCAUUUUUGGAGCCCCAAUGUCCACAAGAAGCCCGUGUUAGUGAUCUGCGGGUGUGUGAGAUCAUGGCAACAGAGCCUUUGUGCUUGCAUCCUGUUGACCAAGUUGGGAGGAUUUACGAGCUGCUCGCCGCAACUGCGCAUCACUGCUUUCCACUUCGUGAAGAUGAUUGUACAGUAUUUGGAACUAUUUCUCGUGACAUACUUUGUUCACUUCUAUUUUUGAAAGCCUUCAGCGGUGAAAAAUCAGAAUCUGUAUUGCGCGAUACGAGUGCUGCCGUGGUUACACCUGUCUUGCCCUACGAAAAGGUAGAACAGUUCUUCCCCCAUUUUCCAAGCAUUGCUACCAUAUGUUUGACGGAAAGCGAAAAAAUUUCAUGGAUCGAUCUGCGACCAUACUGCGACACAGCACCAUACCUCGUGACUGAGUCCACCGCCGUCCCCCGCGCCUAUCGUCUUUUUCGCAAUUUAGGAUUACGACAUUUAUUGGUAAUAAGUCGGAAUGGGCAUCUAUCCGGCAUCCUGACGCGACACGAUUUGGAAGAAGAACAUCUCAUGGCGAGUUUGGCUCACAGUCCGAUGCUUCUGAGUCGCAAGGUGUGGAAAAUCACCAAGGAUGCACUGAUGCGGCAAGAAGACGGUGAAUUAGAUUCAUAUCAUUCGCAUGAAAGCCCUUCUGUAUCGCCUUCAAUGCCAUAAGAAUCGGAAAUCUAAUUAAAGAAAUUAGACAAGU